GCCGUUACCGCUUUACCCGGCCCACCGCGCUUCCCGCCGCAGGCAGUCCUGUAGGAAGCUGUGCCCCGUCGCUCAGUGGGACCUGCCGAGGCUGCCGAUCCUGGUGACUAACCUCUUUGCUCUCCUGUAUCCCGGUGGCUGUCUGCAGGCCGCGGCAGUGGGCCCGGCCCUCUUUGCUGGCGAUCCGGGAGCGGACGGCCCUCGCCAUGAUAGAGCAGGAGAAGGCUGAAUGGGAAAACUUAAAUAAGCUAUUAAUGCGUCAUGGGUUGAAACCAGUGAGUCUUGCUGCCCCCCAAAGCUGCAGAAAUACAGCAGAUAUGAUUGUCUUAGACAGUCAGUCUUCUCUAGGAAUAAGACUUGCAUUAAAAACACUGGUGGAAGACACUGACCGACAGCAGAAAAUGAUGCAGGGGCUUAUGGAGACCAAUCAUUCUCUUAGAGACAAGAUCCGUCAGGAAAGCGGUCGGGCAUCUCGACAAGAACAACGGGCUAAUGAUUUGGAAAAUGUGGUGAAAAAUAUUAAGUCCAAAAUUUGCCAGCUGGAAGAUGAGACGAUAGCUAAAGUUUGCCAGCAACAGAAUCAAGUCAGAGAACUUCAAAAAGAUCAGCAGGCUUCACAGGCAAAAUACCGGCAACAGCAGGAGAAGCUGCAAGAACAGGAAGAGACAAUUGCCCAUUUGCAGAAGGAGCUGUGCAAAGUUGGCCUGGAGGAGCAGCGGCGUGUUGCCACUCAAAAUAAAAUGUUUUGUCGUUUUUGCAAAAGAGCUCCCAAGUCUCUUCUAGAUCAGCAGUAA